AUGAACGCGGCUCCGUCGACGCCCUGCCCCUUACCGCACGAGACGCAGCUGUGGCGGGGGCACGUCCAGCGCCGUGGGCCGGCCACACCGGCUUUCAGCCUCCGCUCGCCGGCGCACGCGGCGUGGUACGCCUUUGGGCAGAGAGCGCAGUGGUACAGCGGCUCCAGCGGUCGCAUGAUUUCCCCGCACACAAAGCAGUUGUGCGUGGUGCCCACAACAGUCCGCCCAUCUCGAUUCUCUGUCUUCGCUGCAGAGGGACCUGGCAGCCCUUCUGCCUCGACGCGCAACAAUUCCGCCACCGCGGCGUCCUCCACAGAGGCGUCGUGGUCGCCGUCGACACUGUGCAUUUGGACCGAGGGUUCACGGGAGGAAGCUGUGGUUUGA